AGAUAAAGUAUAAACAUGAGUAAACUAUUCGUGCUCUUCGAGCACAGCGCAGGCUUCUCACUGUUCCGGGUGACGGAGUUUGAGGAGCUAGCGGCCUUCUUGCCCCAGGUGGAGGAGUCGGUGACCGAUUUACAGAAGUUCAACUCUGUGGUUACUCUCAUAGGGUUCCAGCCGUUCAAGUCUGCGGUGGUUGCUUUGGAAAACAUCAACGCUGUUUCUGAAGGUAUUAUACCAGAUGACUUGAACUUGUUCCUUGAUGGUGCUCUCCCUAAAAGGAAGAAGAGGUCAAAAUGCACUCUGGGUGUGUCAGACCCCAAGUUGGGUGCAGCGAUCAGCGAGGCAUUGGAGAUACCCUGCUCUCAUACAGGAGCAGUUCCAGAGAUAUUACGAGGUAUAAGACACCACUUCCACGCCCUCAUCAAAGGUCUAACUCUCAAGGCAUGCAAUGUGGCCCAACUUGGUCUUGGUCACUCGUACUCCCGAGCCCGAGUAAAGUUCAACGUGCACAGAGUGGACAACAUGAUCAUUCAGAGCAUAGCGCUGUUGGAUCAGCUGGAUAAAGAUAUAAAUACUUUCUCCAUGAGAAUCAGAGAAUGGUAUUCCUACCACUUCCCAGAGCUUGUCAAAGUUGUUCCUGAAAAUUACUUGUACACAAAAUGUGCGGAAUACAUUAAAGACAGGAAGAGCCUGUCGGAGGAGUCUCUGGAGCCACUAACAGAGAUACUCGGGGACUCUGAGAAGGCUCAGGCUAUUUUGGAUGCUUCUAAGAUGUCCAUGGGCAUGGAUAUAUCACCGGUCGACCUGAUUAAUAUACAGAUGUUUGCGGGCAGAGUUGUGGCGUUGAGCGAUUAUAGGAAACAGAUAUCCGAGUACCUGCACACGAAGAUGAACUCGGUGGCCCCGAACCUCACCACGCUCAUCGGUGACCAGGUGGGAGCCCGUCUCAUCUCCAAAGCGGGUUCACUCACCAACCUCGCCAAGUAUCCGGCAUCUACGUUGCAGAUUUUAGGUGCUGAGAAAGCUCUGUUCCGCGCUCUCAAGACUCGCUCCAAGACACCCAAGUACGGUCUGCUCUAUCACUCCACGUUCAUCGGCCGAGCUGGACUCAAGAACAAGGGCCGGAUCAGCCGGUACUUGGCCAACAAGUGCUCGAUAGCUUCGCGUAUUGACUGUUUCUCGGAAAACCAAACAACGGUCUUCGGUGAGAAGCUCAGGCAGCAGGUUGAGGACCGACUCAAGUUCUACGAGACGGGUGAUAUACCGAUGAAGAACAUUGAGGUGAUGAAGCAGGCGAUGGAGGAGGCGGCCCUGCAGCAGCCGCAGCCAGAAGAGAACGGCAAGAAGAAGAAGAAAAAGAAGAAGGAUAAAAAAGAAAAGGAGGUACCGAUGGAUGAAGACUAAAAGCUCAUUCGUUAAAAAUACUGGUUGUAACAAAAUUAUGUGAUAAUACUUUAGAUAGAUAUAGAGUUCAUUGUGAAAGUAGCAGCACUGAAGGAGUUUUUUUUUAACCUUGUGUGGAAAAAAUUUAUGGCUCAUACAAAUCACAAAAAAAAUGUUGCUCUCUCAGCACUGCAACUUUCACAGCGAACUAUGUAUAGGAAACUAAUUGACUCCCUGAAGUCUUUUCACUUAGUUUCGUUACACCUUGUGUUGCAGUGAAAACUUGAUGUUUCUGCGUUGAUAUUCGCAUUUCCUAGAACUGUCCUUGUUUAAUGUCAUGCUCCGAAUUCCAAACUACUUGUUGCAAGUCUAAAUUUGAUAAAUUUCAUACAGAAUUAACUGCAGAAUCCACUAUAAUUAUAAUUUAUAAGAUAAGAAAUAUACUAUCAGAGAAGUUGAUUCCUAGGUAGAUGACGGACCUAAGUAAUUUGGUCGCGUUAAGUCAAACCCAUCCGACCGAUCACAGCUAACAUUGACAUACGCCGAUGUGUUUGUAGUAAGUCAUUUCGUCAAAAAGAUAUUUUAAACAGUCACAUACUAACACAUGUCACUGAAAAGCCUUAUAGUUGUGAUGUUUGUAGUGAGACAUUUAAGCAGAAAGGUCACUUAAACAGUCAUAUACGAAUACAUGCCACUGAAAAGCCUUAUAGUUGUGAUGUUUGUAGUAAGACAUUUG